UUCAAGUCAAAUAUUCACGCAUCGUCCAUGGCGGGAGAAGAAAUUUCUCUCUGGGCUCCAUCCACUCUCACCAUCCUCCUCGUCUUUCCUCUUUCCCUCAAUUUCAUUUGUGAGCCAGAGCCAGAACCAGAACGAGUCUUGGUCUGUAUUCUAUAAGCCCGUUUGUUUUCCACUGAGACUUUGUUCUGACUCGGUGGAAUUGCUUCUCGUGUUUCUUCUGUUGCUUUUGGGACUCAGAGGCUGGCUUUGCGAAAUCAAGAGUGUAUCCUAUCGGAGGAUGGAUUCUGUGGUUGCGACGGCAAGUGGGUACCCUGGUAUCGAGCGUACCAAGCUCGCUAAGCUCAUUGAUUAUGUCGGUGCGCAUUUCGUUGGCUCAAUUUCAGAAUCAGUAACUCAUCUGGUUUGCUGGAAAUUUGAGGGAAGGAAAUUCGAUAUUGCUACGAGGUUAAAUACGAUAAUUGUAAACCAUCGAUGGGUCGAGGAUUGCAUAAAGCAAGGAAUGCGUCUUCCGGAGGAGCCUUAUACGCUUCAAAGUGGGCAAGAAGUUGGGCCCUUAACGAUGGAAGUUCCACAUGUUGCUGAAGUAGGCGUCUCCAAGAAAAAUAAAAAACACAAAUUGCUCUCUGACGAAUCUAAUACUUGUGAUGGCUCUCCAAAACAAAGUGGCGAUACGUGCCUUGAAACUUCUGGGAAUUCUGUUUGGAACUCUUCUUCUUUUUUGAAUGAGAAUGUGUUUCCUGAUAUCAAUAAUCUCAGUACUUCUCAGAAGUCAAAGCGUAAACCUGUUAGAAGCAAUUUAGGGAAAAAAUUGCCUUCAAGUAGCAGAAACUCUAUUCAAGAAUCUACUUCAUCUGAAUUACUUAGAAAUCAGCGUGUAGAGUCAAGUUCUAAUUCUUCAAUGGAUUUGGUGAGAGAUAAAAGAAAGAGUUUCAAUGGUAAUGGAAGAAAUAAGUCUCUUUCUUAUUCUCAAAAAAACUAUGUAGAGUCAAGUUCCCAUUCUUCUAUAGAAUUGGUGAGAGAUAAAAGAAAGAGUUCUAUUUGUAACGAAAGAAAUAAGGCUGAAACCUCACGUAAAGGAAGGAGGCUUGUUAAAAAAAUGAAAAACAAAGAUACUGUGGACCUUUGCUCUUCAGACUCUAGUGAAGAAUGCAAUCCUGUCAGAGUCAACAACUCAAAUUACGAAGAUGUCUCAGCUCUGUUUAACCAUGUAAAUGAAGAAACACAUGACAAUGUGUUAGAAAAUGGAAGAACAUCUAGUGAUGGAUUUUCUAACUGUAGGAAAACGAGAAAUGAUGGUUCCAAAGUUGUAGUUGAUGGUCCUAUUUGUAUAGAUGCUUCAAUGGAUUUGAAUGUACAUGUUGAGAAUGUAUUAAGUACCGCACAAAGGACUUCAGAAGAUGGAUGCUCUGGUGCAGAUAACUCAGAUGAGGACACAGCAAAAGGGCUUGACAUUACGCAGAAUUCUGAAAUCAAUUCUUUGAAGGAUUUAUCAUGUGUUAUAUGUUGGGCAGAUUACAGCUCAUUUCGAGGAGUUCUGCCUUGUGGUCACCGAUUCUGUUAUUCGUGCAUCAAAGAAUGGGCUGAUUGUAUGGCUUUAAGAAGAAAGAUAUCGACAUGCCCCUUGUGCAAGACAAGUUUUUGUAACAUUAUCCAGUAUGAGGACACGGCUACUACUGAUCAGAAGAUUUACUCACAAACCGUUCCAUGUGGCUUAUCAACUAUGGACUUGUUCAAACUUCAUGAUCAGGACACUCACUAUGCUAGUGCUCAGGUACCUUCUAAUGCUUAUUCUGAACAACCAGCAGCUGUUUGUAUCAUAUGUUGUCGUGUGGAGCCAGUGGAUCUUCUCAUCACGUGCAACGUGUGUCAAAUUCGAUGCAUUCAUUCCUACUGCCUGGACCCCCCUAUCAAUCCAUGGACGUGCAUGGACUGCAAAGAUCUACAAAGGCUCUACCUUUACAACCGUUGAUAAAAAGCAUCUCCAAAAUACUUCAAAAUCAAGUAUAUGAAAACCCUUUACUGCACAUUGUUUCAAGUUUAGGAGAUAUAAUUUUAAAUAGGGAAGUGUACUAGUGUAAGUUGGAUGGAUAUUUUCUAUGCUCAAAUUUGCUGCAGUCAAAAUUGUUAUUGGCAAAAUUAAAGAUAGAUGAGUACCAAUAUGUCUAACUUCAUCCUUAUCAUUUAAUUAAAGAAAAUUGGCUUUUAAGUUGUGA